GAGAACAUCAGAAUGAAGAGGAUCUGAAAAGUCUAAGGACUAAGACAAGCCCUCUGGCUUGUUCUGAGGCACUGAGAAUUCUAAAGCUAAGAAGUGCUGAUUUAAGACAAGACAAGGCGUUUCCUUAUGUGGCAGACGGUGAUUAACACAGAAACCCACAGCUGGCCAGUGUGCAGAGAACAAGGGGCUGCAGAGUGCUUAUCCCUCAAUAGGACACCGAUUUCAAAGUUCUGCCUCCCAAGGUUCAGGGAUCGUUGUUGAAGAGGAGUCAGAAAGACGGACGGAACCAGUCUCUGCUUUGCUAGGGGUCCACAGAGCCAGACCAUGGCAUUCGACGGCAGUUGGAAAGUAGACCGGAGCAACGACUAUGACAAGUUAAUGGAAAAAAUGGGUAUUAACAAGGCGAAAAGGGUGGUUGCGGCUCAUGACAAUCUGAAACUGACAAUCACACAAGAAGGAAAUAAAUUCACGGUCAAAGAAUCAAGCGUCUUUCGAACUGUCAAUAUUGUUUUUGAACUUGGUGUCACCUUUAAUUAUAGUCUAGCAGAUGGAACUGAACUCACAGGGGUCUGGAACAUUGAAGGAAAUAAACUUGUUGGAAAAUUCACACGUGCAGACAAUGGAAAGGAACUGCUUGUUGUCCGAGAAAUUUCUGGUGGUGAACUAAUCCAGACCUACACAUAUGAAGGAGUCCAAGCCACGAGGGUCUUUAAAAAGGAAUGAGCAUGGUUCUCGGAGCACAGAACAACACUGGAUGGAAGGCCCAUGGAAGACCCUCAAGGUUCUUUUCUCCCUUUCUCCAGUGCAACACUACCAUCUGACUCAGCCUUUCAUAGACCUGGUGUAUUUCCAGUCUUGUCCAAGCAAAGAAAGCAAAAUUAAUUAGGACUUAAUUUGUUUUGUGUUUCAUAAAAUACACAUUGAUUGCUGUUUUUAAAAAAAAUAUAUUUUUCUCAUAUUGCUUUCUAAGUAAGUAGUGUCUCCUUUAAAAAAAAAAAAAGUUGUGGCCUUUAAAGUAACAGUUGGACUGAGGUUGGAGAGAUGGCUCAGGAGUUAAGACUAGUGGUUG